CUGCCAUGUGCGGCGUGCGCGCGCCACUUGAGCCCCAUAUCACGAAUCAAUGGGCUGCCGUCCGAAGGUGAUCGGAGCGCUUGUAUGUACGUACGUCGUAUUCAAAUGUCUCAAGGCACAAAUGCCACUGGCACCACUGAAUACGCAGGCUCUCACUUAAAGAACGAAGAACGUUUGAGCUCUGACAACGCCAGACUUGACUUGAAGGGAUUGUUGCAUAAUUCAACUCUGGAGUAGACCGAGCUCUCUCAACUUUUCCUGAACAGGGUCUCUCGAUACUUUGCACUGUGAUGCGCAGUGCGCACACAGUAACCUGUCGCUAUGGGCCCACCCGCCGGAACCGAUGGCAAUUGUGUGGCUGAAUCCAUAGCCCUUGAAGUUAAUGUGCUGGCCAUGCUUCAAAUAUUCUGUUUUGCCAAAGAAUCAUAGGCCAGAUAUCGAUCCUCCUCCAGCAACUUCCAGAUCCAAUCAGGCAAAUUUAGUUGAAAGCUCGAACCAACCUCAUACAGGAUCUUGUCAGUUCAUGCGGAAAUUGAAGAAUGGGUUAACCCAAAAGCUUCCUAAACGCUCCAAGCGAACACGCACGCAUGUCACUGCGAUCCACGACGUCGAAAUUGAAGCGGCUUCAUCGAGUCAGCAAGUUGAGCCUUCCAACGAAAGCGAGCAUCCCACCACAUCUGAGAUUCCCAGUGAGUCCGUGAACCAAAGGCUGUCCGGUUCACAGGCUCAGGCUGCUCCUUCUGGCGAGGAAGGAAGACCCGAUCCUCACUCAGUUGAUGCCGAACUUCAACGUGCCUGUGAUGGUACAGAAAACAUGCGAUUACUCGGGAAACAUGCGACUUCUAUGGCAUCCGCCGUCGAGAAUGCCCCAGCGGAUCUUACUGCUGCAGAUGAUUUUGAGACGACGUAUCUCCAACCCCUCAAGAUUAUCGAUGCUGUCCUUGAGAAGAUCACAGACGUACAUCCGUACGCAAAGAUGGCGCUGGGCAUGCUAUCUGCUGCAUCCAAGAUUAUAAUUGCUCAGACACAGCGUGACCAAUCGAUUCUUAAUCUUCUCAAGAAAUUGGCUGAAGUUUACCGCUUUAUGACUCAAGAUGAUAGUCUUGAAAAAAUUGAAUCGAUGCGCGGCAUCGUCGAAAAGAUCGUUCACCAGACUCUCGAGUGUGCCCGUUUCAUCAGGGACUACUCGGAGAGAAAGAGCUUUUGGAAGAGACGGGAAAAAUCUUAUCUCGGAAACUGA